GGAGCUCAGUUGGAGACAAGAUGCCGCAGUGGCUGGUCAUUGGCAUCUCGGGUGUCACGUGUGGCGGCAAGACGACGCUGGCGCACAGCCUGCGCGACUACUUCAAGGGAUUGCGCAAUGCGCCGCUGUGGAACACGCCCUACACCAUUGGCGAUGUGCAGCUGAUCUCACAGGACGACUACUUCCUGCCCGUGGACGAUAGACGACACAAGCGCGUGGACAAGUUGAAUGCGAUCAACUUUGAGCUACUCACGUCGCUGGACACGAAGCAAAUGCUGGCGGACAUUGCGCAGAUUAUCAAUGGGCCCACGGAGCAGAUUGCUAACUAUGCGAACUUUGAGCACUAUGCGAUGCAGUACCAACAGCAGCAACAGUUGCAGCAACAGCAACAGCAGCAGCAACAACACCAGCAUCAGCAGCAUCAGUUGCAGCAAUUGCAGCAGCAGCAGCAGCAACAGCAAUACAAUGCCAGCUAUCAGCUGCAUAACGGUAAACACCUGCCACCUGCCGCUACUGCUGCUGCUGCUGCCUAUCAAUAUCAGCAGCAACAGUUGCAGCAACAUCAUCAACAGUUACAUCACACGCAUCGGCAGCACCAUGCGGACCAUCUAAUGCGUCUCAAUAUCAACGCUCAGAUCGCUGCGCAGUUGCGCGAUAAGAAAAUCAAUGUCCUACUCAUCGAGGGCUUCAUGAUCUUCAAUCAACCCGAGCUGCUGGCGCUUUGCAAUCUCAAAUAUCACUUCCACUUGCCGUACGAGAAGUGUUAUCAGCGUCGCAUGCAGCGCACCUAUGAUCCGCCCGAUGUGACGGGCUAUUUCGAGCUGUGUGUUUGGCCGCACUACGAGAAGAACUUUGCCGAGUACCGCGACUGCAAGGACAUCACGUUCCUCAACGGCGAGAUCAGCAAGGAGAAGAUCUUCAAGUUCGUGCUCCAGCGCAUUGUGCACUAUUUCGAGGAACGCUGCGAUGUGCCCACCGCCUCGCCGAUCGCCUGUCCGCCCCAGCAGAAGCGUUUCGGCAUGCUCUACAUGGCCUCAGCAUCCAGCAAUAAUAAUCAUCUGCACACCGCGUGUCCCAUGGAGCAGUAACCAGCAGGCACUGGGCUUAAGCGAAUCGAAGAGGGUGGUCUUAAACGUUUCCAAAGACGGGAGAUAGAUUGAAGGAUUACAC